CGCCACCACCGCUUCGCCUCCUCGUCUAGUCGUCUCCACCGAAUCGAGAGCCCAAUCGUCUCCACCGAAUCGAGAGCCCAACACGCGCACGGAGAAGAAGCGGGCAGAGAGCAGCCAAGCCCUGCCGCCUCCAAUGGCAGACUCCGACGAUGCGGCGCCGGUCGUCCACCGCCGCCCACCGCGCCCGGCCCGCGGGAGCGGGGGCGCCGUCGAGGGCUUCGCGGCCGCGCUGCGCCGCCGGCUGAAGUCCGGCGCCUCGGCGGUCGCGCGCGCCAGCUUCGCGGCCGACUCCGGGGACGAGUCGGGCGCCGGCGAACCCUCCUCCUCGUCGCGCCGCCGCGACAGCAGCGAGGACGCCUCGUCCGCCGGCGGCGAGCGGGGCGGUAGCGGCGGCGCCGGGGGAGGGGCCCUGGACUUCUCAGCUUUCACCUUCCGCGCUGCCGCGCCGGUCCACCGGAAGGUCAAGGAGAGCCCCCUCAGCUCCGACGCCAUCUUCAAGCAGAGUCAUGCAGGCCUUUUCAACCUGUGUAUCGUUGUUUUGGUUGCUGUGAACAGCAGGCUCAUUAUCGAGAACUUAAUGAAGUAUGGCUUAUUGAUAAGAUCUGGAUUUUGGUUUAAUACUACAUCAUUGCGAGACUGGCCGCUGCUAAUGUGUUGCCUUAGUCUACCUGCUUUCCCCCUUGGUGCAUUUGCAGUUGAAACGCUGGCAUUCCGCAAUCUUAUUACUGAUGCUGUUGCUACCAGUCUUCACAUCUUUCUUACAACAUCUGAAAUUGUAUAUCCAGUGCUAGUAAUUCUUAUGUGUGAUUCUGCAGUUUUGUCAGGCUUUGUGUUGAUGUUUAUUGCCUGCAUUGUUUGGCUGAAGCUUGUAUCUUUUGCACAUACAAACCAUGACAUAAGGAAAUUGAUCACAAGUGGCAAGAAGGUUGAUAAUGAACUCAGCGCAGCUGACAUAGAUAAUUUACAACCUCCAACUCUUGGGAGUCUAAUAUACUUCAUGAUGGCUCCAACACUCUGUUAUCAGCCAAGCUAUCCUCGAACUACUCAUAUUAGAAAAGGUUGGCUGAUUCGUCAAAUUAUUCUGUACUUGAUAUUUACUGGUCUUCAAGGAUUCAUUAUUGAGCAAUACAUAAAUCCUAUUGUAGUGAACUCUCAACAUCCACUGAAGGGAGGACUAUUGAAUGCUGUGGAGACUGUUUUGAAGCUAUCAUUACCAAACGUUUAUCUGUGGCUUUGCAUGUUCUAUUGCCUUUUCCAUCUAUGGUUAAAUAUACUUGCUGAGAUUCUUCGAUUUGGUGACCGUGAAUUCUACAAAGAUUGGUGGAAUGCAAAAACAAUUGAUGAGUAUUGGAGAAAAUGGAACAUGCCUGUGCAUAAAUGGAUUGUUCGUCAUAUAUACUUUCCUUGCAUGCGGAAUGGUAUAUCAAAGGAAGUUGCUGUUUUUAUAUCGUUCUUUGUUUCUGCUGUACUCCAUGAGCUAUGUGUUGCUGCUCCAUGUCGCAUACUGAAGUUCUGGGCUUUCCUAGGAAUCAUGUUGCAGAUUCCCCUUAUCAUAUUGACAUCAUACCUCAAAAAUAAAUUCAGAGACACAAUGGUUGGCAACAUGAUCUUCUGGUUCUUUUUCUGCAUAUAUGGGCAGCCUAUGUGUGUUCUAUUGUAUUACCAUGACGUGAUGAACAGGAUCGAGAAGACAAAAUAAACUUUCUGCAGCUCCGUUUUUGUGUUCCAUUCUUCCAUCAAAUAUGGAAUCUGAAAAAGCAAUAAUUUGUGUGCACUCCACGAAACGGCAUCCAUUUUUGAUCGAUUUGCUACAGCCAGCCUUCCAGUUUUUUCGUGGGAAUCCAGUGUAGAUCUUAUUAUUAUGUGUAUGAUAGCUAGCCUCAUCUCACUCUUGUAUCUGUACAUAAUUAAGCUUCAUUCAGGUGAAUAGGUGAUGUUCUACAUGUAAUUGUAAUGGAAUAUUAUUCCCCUUUCUGCACUAGUAGUGCCACUGCCACCUGCUCAUGAUGUUACUAACAUCAUUUGGUAUCAAGCUGGAAUGAAAAUAAACAUGCAUGUAAUCUGAUACGUCGAUCUGUGAUGCC